AUGCUUGUAUGCUCUGUCCAGAUGAUACUAGCUGGUCAUGUAUGGGCAAAAUUUCUAACGCGUGUGCAUAAACAGCCGUCUGUCGUAAUCUGUAAACUGAGAAAACGGUGGUACGAGUCUGAUUCUGGGAAAUUUGCUGGUCAACAGAUUCUAACGCAGACUAGCAUUCUUGUACAAGAAGGACCGGAUAUACAAGAAGUGCCGUUGAUUGUCAGAAAAAUGAACGACGUCGAAGCAAUAUAUAACAGUAAAAAUAAUAGAAACGUUUCUUCUGUGAAUUCUGAUAAGUUGCCCGAUACCAAGAAGAACAGUCAGCCUGUGGUUCAUGACAAAAGUGUUUCAAACUUUCAAACUAACGCCGUGAUAAAAAACAGACCGUCUAAUCGGAGAAUAGAUAUAGAAACCAACGAAGGUACCGCGGUGUUGUUUUGCUCUGAUUUCGAGUGUCUGAAAGAUUCAGACAUAGAAGAGGUCUUGCAGGAAUUGCAAUCGUUCAAUACAGUCGACGGGGUGUAUUCAUUGUUAGAAAACAAGAUCGCGCAUGAAAUUAAUUGCAGGGUUGCUUUGGAAGGGCUGAAGAAAGUUAUAGAGUUAGAGAACAAUUGGUCUAAACAAAAAUCUAACAAAGCACAGAGAAACAGGCAAUUGGAAGUUGAUACCAUUACUAGAGAUAUCGUGAUGAAACAGCUGAUUAAAUUAAUUAUUAAUAGUCAAGACAGUGAAAUAAUACUUCAGGGACUCAUUACGUUGAAGAAAGAUAAAGUUAGUCCACUUAGGAACGUAUAUAGAGAUUGGAUAUGCGACGAAGCUUUGAGUCGCGUUACGGAUGGGAAAUUCACGCCUGCACAGUUGAUAAAUGUAAUAAAAAUUUUGUCCGCUUACAAAGAUUUUAAGUAUCGUAAAGCGAUAGAUACUUUAUGGGUAGGUGUCCUGCUCAAGGAACAAGAAAUUAAUUCGCAUACGUUAGUAGCGUUGUUCAAAUCGCUAAAAUACUUUAACCGUAGUAAAAAUAUGGUGAAAAUAAUCCUCGAGAGGAAACUUUCUGAUCUUUGGUUAAAAUUAUCGGGUACGCAAAUUGCAGAGAUACUGGAUUGUUUUCACAAUGAUGUUUCUGCAACAAAGUGUUUGAUUAGUGCCAGUAAGUGGGCAAGCAUUAGUUUGAGCACAUCCAGCGAGAAAGACUUGAUAAACUUUGUACGUAGUUUAAAUGCAAAAGACUACAUUGAUGUUAGAAUCGAAAGUACUUUGCAGGAGUAUUUGAAAUCUAAAGCACCGCAAAUUGAAGACUCGAAUUUAAUAGCCACUAUAAUGAAUUAUUGUAAACACUUGCAGGUCAAAAACGAACAGAUUCUGUCAGAAUGCGGGGAAUACUUUAUAAAACACAGUAUGAAUAUACCAAUUCACUUACUCCCGUCCAUUCUUACACCAUUCGGUGUGCUGUAUGUACAACCACCGAAUGCUGUUAAAUUUUGGGAAACUUUUGAUGAGAUAUUGUUAGUGAAAUUUCAUGAUUUGAAACUAGACGAUGCUCUCGACAUUCUUCUUUCCUGCACGUAUCUAGAAAAGUAUCCUGUAAAGUUUUUGGACAAGAUAUUUAUCUCUCAGUUGAUUCAUAAGCUUCAUUUGAGAAAUCAUUCUGUCUUUUUUAAUCGUAUAAAAAACAAAUUGAAACUAUUAGACGCAGCUAUGUCUUUAGAGUGUAAGGAUUAUCAAGACUUGCUUAUCAAGACCACGUAUUCAAAUCGAAUAGAGAAACCAUUAUUCUUAGACGCACGAAUCAGAAGAACAGUCAAUAUGAUAUAUCAACCAUUAGCAUCUUUAGUGGGGGGUGAACACAAAUUGAGUAAAAAUGUGAUCCUGAAUCGACUACCGGUCAUAAGUUUCUAUAUUCUUGAUAUAUUAAUUCAUCCAUUUAUGGUAUCAACUCCAAUCUUUGACUUGAACGGGUUGAAAAAGGAUAUAAAUACAGUGGUUUUGAUUUAUUUACCAGAAUAUUAUUGUAGGAAUACACGACACUUGAUAGGACCUCAGAUGAUGAGGAAAAGGCAUUUCAGAAAGUUAGGAUUUCGUGUUAUGACAUUGGACUAUUUAGUAUUACAAGAUCUUUGGAACCAAUCUGAUAAAUUAUCGUCUUAUUUGUUAAAAAGUUUAGAUACCGUGGAGGGUGCUUUGUAACAAACAAGCACAAAAA